UCAGGAGUUCUGCAUCCUCCUACAGCAGUAAGAAAACUCCUCCUACAAGCUUUAACCAGUGCUCUGCUGAACACUGAUAGAAGUCACAAGACUACUCUAACUACUGAUGAGAAAAGGUAUUUAGCAGUUUAUUUUAAUUAAAAUAAUUGCAUUUCCAUGUUCUGUGUACUGUGGGAGAUCAGAUAUAGUGAAUGCAGGGUCCUGGGUUUAGUAACACUUAAAGGAAAUGUUCUGAAGUUAGAAGCUGAUUGGCUGCUAAGCACAGCU